AUGAUCUUCAUCACUCUAUCGCUGAGAUUCGCAGUUCUCAGAUUGAUAUGCUUGUGUAAAGCUAUGAAUUUGUCACAAAACUCUAAACUAGCUGAAUUGUUAUCAAGUAUUGAUUUUCUUAAAUCCCAACUCGUUGAUAUAAGGUCGGAAAAUACUACUCUCCGCAACGAAAUUGCUACCCUCAAUAACAAAAUUCAAGUUUUGGAGAAUUCUACUGAUGGUUCAAGUAACAUGCCCCAGCUGAUCCAAGAAUUGGCUAACCGUGAAAUAUGUGCUUGUAACAUUAUAGUACAUGGUCUCCAAGAGUCUUCGUCCAAUGAUCCUACAGUUCGAAUUGCUUCUGAUAUUAAAUUACUCGGUGAUAAUAUUCAUCCGUUUAACUUAUCUUUACCUCAAGAUCUUAAGUUAUUUAGGUUGGGCCGCAAGAUAAGUGGUAAACCUCGACCUCUAAAGGUGGUACUUCAAUCGAAGGAAAUGGCUCUCAACUUGGUGUCUGUCUUCAACUCUCAUAAGCGAACACAAUCGGUCCCUGCUAACUCAAUCUCCAUCUCACGGGGUCGCACCCUCCUUGAGCACCAAGAAAUUCGUCGUGUCUACACAGAGCUUGAGAACCGUAAGAAAAACGGUGAACACAACAUCUCCAUAAAGUAUAGGAAUGGAAUUCCACUUAUUGUACCUAAUAGUGGUGGUGUUUCUGGUAGUCACUCGAAUCAUCCAUCUUCUUCGCUUUCAAAAAACUAG